GGGCUGAUGUAACGAUUCUCGCUCGCAAAAGUCAAUCUGCUACUCAACUUCAGCCGGCCGAAAAAAUUCGUACAAAUCGGAUUUAGGACCAAAGUCAGCUGAUUGGUCCAGUCGGACAUGAUGCCAGGCCAGCUCCCUGACCCCUCCCUGACAGCUGGCUCUCUCCCCAGCCUCGGCCCCCUGGCCGGGAUCUCCGCCACCACGCUGACCGACCAGCUCAAGCUCGCCGACCUUCGAGCCCUUGGGGGUGUGCUCUCCCCCCUACACUUCCUGGGGAGGCUGGGCAAGAGGCCCGGGUCUAUCAAGGAGGAGAGGGAUGAGGAUGAGGAGAGGAGGAAACGAAGGCGAGAGAAGAACAAGGUGGCUGCAGCGCGGUGUCGGAAUAAAAAGAAGGAGAGGACGGACUUUCUGCAGCGGGAGUCGGAGCGGCUGGAGGUCCUGAACUCAGAGCUGAAGGCUCAGAUCGAGGAGCUCAAGCAUGAGCGGCAGCAGCUGAUCGUCAUGCUGAACCGCCACCGCCCCACCUGCAUCGUGCGGACCGACAGCGUCAAGACCCCCGAGGGCGAGGCCAACCCCCUGCUGGAGCAGCUGGGAGCCAAAUGAGGGCCCCCCCCGCCCCACCCUGUGACUUAUUUACUGUGCCGCUCCUGCCAGUGGCUGCCAAGCUCAGACCUCUGGGCUUUUUGCGUUUUGGGGAAAAGACGUGACUCCUGCCUCGGGUUCAAGGGGGCCCGUUUCAGCUGGGGCUACCCGACAUGAUCGGAUGUUGGCGGGGUCGUUCUUUUCUUUCUUUCUUUCUUGUAGUUGAAGUCUCCCGCCAUGGAAUUUGCUGCCAUCGCU